AUGUGGCCCCAGCAGCUGGAGCGGUGGCAGGACCUAGCUCGAUUCACACCGCUGCGCACGGCUGCGGGCGGGACCAUCACGUCAGAUGCCGGCGAGCAGGUGGGUGUGCUGGUGCGCGUGGCGGCAAAGGAGGACCUGGCAGCUGCAGAGAAGCUAUCCAAUUCUGGUGGAUUUGUCGUGAUGGACUGCGCCGCAGAAGCCUGGAAGGUGAUUCCUGCAGAGAACCUGGUGGCCGCAUUUCAAGCUGGAAGUGCCAAGCUCAUAGGCGCAGCAACAUCUGCAGACGAUGCACGGGUGAUGCUUGAGGCGCUGGAGGUUGGGACCGCCGGCGUGCUGCUGCGAACGGAAGACCCCUCAGAGGUCAGGAAGAUCUCUGGCUACCUGCAGCGCCGCCGCGAGCAGGGCGCCUCGGCGCUCGCGCUGUCACAGGCCACGAUCACCCGCGUGUCGCCUGUCGGCAUGGCCGACCGCGUGUGCGUCGACCUCGCGAGCAUGCUGGCCCCCGGCGAGGGCAUGCUGGUCGGCAGCUUCUCGCGGGCGCUGUUCUUGGUGCACUCGGAGGUGCACGCCUACAUCAUGGUGCCAGGAGGCAAAACCGCCUAUUUGUCCGAACUCAAGUCCGGCAGCGAAGUCCUGGUGGCGGACGCGGCGGGCCGCACUCGGACAGCCGUUGUCGGGCGCUGCAAGGUGGAGGCGCGCCCGAUGGUUCUUGUUGAGGCGACCUUGCCAGGCGGAGCCGGUGGCACCGUGAGCACGCUGCUGCAGAACGCGGAGACUGUGCGGCUGGUCGGGCGGUCCGGCGGGGAUGGCGUCCACGAUGGCGAACGAGGCGGCCGCGGCACGAGCGGCGGCGACGGCAGCCACUGGCGAGCCGUCUCUGUGUCCCAGCUGGCGGCUGGUGACAAGCGCGCGCUGUGCGAGUCCCUGGGCGUGUUCUUCAACGCGUCGUACAACGCCUCCAACCCGUGGAACGACACCACCGGCUGGGAGCUCACCCAGACGCUCGGCUGCGCCCGCCUCGUCACGCCGGCCGCCGCCGCGCGCCCCGCGUACUGCCAGUGGCCGGGCAUCGCCUGCUGCGGCCCCGCGGACGCGGCGGCGGGGCGCUGUAAAGUGGUGCACGCGAUCGCAAACCUGUCGCUGGCGGUUAACCAGGUCAACUGCAGCGUGUCUGACCCGCGGUUCCUCGGGGUGCUCGACCAGCUACACGCGUGCGGCAUGGUCGUGCUCAACCUCGAGGCCAACGAAAUAGGCGGCGCGCUGCCCCAAGGGCGGCUGGGGCGGCUGACUAACCUCGUGAUCUUGGACUUGGCCAACAACUGGAUUAACGGCACGAUACCAGACGACCUGGCCAAGCUCACGCGCCUGCGCCGCCUCGGCCUCGGCACCAACUUUUUGAGCGGCACGAUCGGCGACUGGGUGGGCGGCCUGGUCGGGCUAGAGGUCCUGGAGCUUGGCGCCAACAGCGGCGUCAACCCGCCGGACCCGGUGACGGGCGAGGAGCUCGCGGGCAUCGUGGGCACGGUGCCGCAGGGCGUGGCGCAGCUGACCAAGCUCGUGGAGCUCAACCUGCAGCCGGUCUGCAUGGUGGAGGGGGGCAGCGGUCGCCGCGACGGCGAGCGCGGGGCGAUGAGCGGCAGGGACAACAGCAGCGGCAGCAGCGGCCCGACUAGCGAUGGCUGCCGCCCGCGCGGCGGCAGCGGCCGCGGCGGAAGGCAGUGGCAGCACUACGGGCGAGCACUGUCGUCUACAAACGCUCUCAGCGGCACCAUCCCGCGGCAGCUCUGCGGCCCCACCACGCGCCUGCGGGUCCUCAACAUGCGCAGCAACCGCCUCACCGGCUCGCCGGCCGGCGUGGUCAACUGCACGAAGCUGACUCAGCUGGACUUGUCGAUGAAUCAGUUCACCGGCAGCGCGCCGGCCACCCAGGGAUGGGAGCAGCUGGUCCAGCUGGCCCUCGGAAACAAUAACUUUGAGGGAACCAUCCCAGUUGACAUUUACUUCGCACCCACCCUCGCCUACCUUGACAUCAGCGACAACCGCCUGACCGGCACCAUCAACAUCAACAUCAACCUCAUGACAUACCUCACCGAGCUCGACCUGUCACACAACCAAUUGUCCGGAGAGUUGGGCCCCGAUAUUUUUUACCUGCCGCAGCUGUCGCGCCUCAACCUCGCCGGCAACAACUUUGAGGGCACGAUCAGCGAGUCUAUCGGGCUAGCGUACAGUUUGACGGAGCUCAUGCUGUCCAACAACACAGGACUCAUCGGCCCCAUGCCCAACGACGCCGCGUUCCUGCGAUACCUCCAGCGCCUCAGCGCCACAAAGACAAACAUGUCUUGUGUGCCUGCCAAGGAGGUCGUCGCCGCCAAGCGCGCCCGCGAGGCCGCGCUCAACGCCUCGCUCGCGGGCGCGACCGGCGCCGCCGCCGCCGGCGGCUGGUGGCCCAAGUGUAACCCCGAGAAGCGCCUGCCGUGCUUCCUGGAAUUUGCGGAGUACGACAUCCCCCGCAGCGACAGCAGCAACAUGCGCUGCUUCCCCGUCCGCCGCAAGCCGCAGGCGGAGGCGCAGGUGGACUGCAGGACGGGGUCGGCCUUCGGCCUGCUCGACGAUGCCGUGCAGGCGGAGCAGCAGCAGUGGGACCUGUCGCCGUCCUACUACCAGUAUGCCAACUGCCGCUGCCUCUCCGGCUUCCGGGAGGUCUGGACCCGCAAUGGGACCCACCUGGCCUGCGAGGCCAACCCCAAAUCGCAGCCGCUGCCGCCGUGGGCAUGGGUGUUUGUCGCGCUCGGCGCCGUUCUCGCGGUGUUGGCGGCGGCGAUCCUGAGCCUGGGGAGCCGGCUGGUGCUGUUCAGGACGCGAUGGGCGCGCGAGAUGGAGCUGAAACGGAAGCGGGCCCGGGGGUCGCCAAAGGGCGGCGGCACGAUCAGCGUCGUCGUCACCGACAUCGAGGGUUACUCAGAGCUGAUGAAGACCAGCCCCUCUCUGACGACCAAGGCCCUGAACCUGCACAACGCCGUCCUGAAGAAGGCGGCCCACUUCCACGCGGGCCACGUGUUCGAACAGGAGGGCGACAGCUGGGCGGUGGCGUUCCACGACGCGCAGGACGCGGUGGCCUUCUGCAUGCAGGCGCAGCAGGCGCUGCACAAGGUGCGGUCGCACGUGUGCCCCGCACGCGUGUGA